UUAGUACGACCAACUCACGUCUACUAGUUUUAGAUAAUUUUUUGUAGUCUUCGCUCCCCAUCGAUAAUUAGACUAAAAAAGAAACGUCUUGUGAAUGCCAAUAAAGAGGUUCCUUUAAUCUGGAUGGAAUAAGUGGUUGUUUGUGGUAGAAAUUACGUGGUUGUACAAAAUAUGCGAUUUUUUAAAACCAGCAUCAAAAUAGACAAGUGAGGUAACAAAGGUUUGAAAGCGCUUGCAAACGAGACUCGUUUUCCCGAUUAAUAUUAUACCUAAAGGCUGUUCCGGAGAAAUGGAGUUGAAUUCUGUUAUUUUGACAACAGGAUGCUCUGUGGGCUUUUUCAAACUCGUGAACACAGGACUUAAAGCACUCCCUAUUCCAGACUCAGCUUGCAGGAACGCGUGGAAAUGGAGAAACAUCUCAACCUCUUUCGUUCACAGCAUUAUAACUGGGAUCUGGGCCGUGCUGUGUUUCUACUUGCAUCCUCAGAUGGCUGAAGACCUUAUAUCCACACAUUCAGUGUUUUCGCACGCGCUGGUGUGCGUGUCGAUCGGCUACUUCAUCUAUGACUUUUGUGACAUGGUGUUCAACCAGAAGAUCACCCAGUCCUGGGAGCUCCUCUUUCACCAUACAGUGGUGAUCACCUGCUUUGGGAUCUCGGUGCUGACCCGCCGGUACGUGGGCUUCGCGGUGGUGGCGCUGCUGGUGGAGAUCAACUCGGUGUUCCUGCACCUGCGGCAGGUGCUGCGCAUGGCAGGCCAGGCCAAGACCACAUCCUACCGGGUCAACAGCAUGAUCAACCUGGGCACCUAUGUGGUGUUCCGCAUCAACACCCUGGCCUGGAUGACCCGCUGGCUGGUGCUGAACCGCGACCGCGUCCCGCUCUUCAGCUACACUGUCGGCAGCGUCGGCCUGGCUAUCAUGACCGCCAUGAACAUCGUGCUCUUCUACCGCCUGCUCCGCAGCGACUUCCUGAAGACGGGCCGCGAGGCCAAGAAGGAGAUCUAGGAUCCCCCCCGCACCCCAACCC